CCGCCUAAUCUUUCCGAUCAGCCCUAACUCGCCGCGCUCUACCUCCUAUCAACGUUUUAUCGUCCGCGUAAUCGGUUCAUCUGAUGAGAGACAGCGAACAAAAGACAAAAUCGUGUCUCUUGAUGGACUAAUACUUCCCGGUUGCACACCAAGAAAAAAAAAACCUUCCGAUAUGAGUGGUACAGUGCGUGAAGUCGUCUUCGGUGACAAGUCAGAAAAAGAAGAAGAAAAAGUGUUGAUUUCACUGGACAUUGAAGACGACAAGUUGUUUCUCUUACAUUUCAUCAUAGGAACUUACUUCGGACCAGAUUUACAUGAUGAUGAUCCGAACAAGAAAAAACAAUCAGCAUUUCAGAUUCAAGCGUCCUCGAAUCUCCCAACAAAAAAUGAGCUAAGUGCCUCACUAAUGAAACGAGCUGAGCUAGAAAGUGUGUAUCACCACGUUCUCCGCAACGUAGAUCCAUCGCUAGUCUUUAAUCGCAAGGUCUUAAGCCGAUAUUUUAACGAAAAACGCAACGCUUCCAAUGUGGAUUUCCCUCUUUUCAGAGAUCUGUAUCCUUCACAACUGCAUCCUGAAUCUCGUGUUAGGAAUCAGUAUAAGCUCUAUGAGAGCAUUGUGUUCAUCAACGAUCCUGAUACUUCUUGUAUGAGACAGAACUGUCUUGACCGCUUUAAGCUGCUUACAGGAUUGCAGGGCUUUACUUUAAGCCUUAACAUUGAAGCCACUGAGGUUGAUGAUGAUGAGACCUUGGAAACGUUGGAAGGAGGACGUAGUUGCCAUGAUGAACCCACGCUUGAAGUUAAUGGGGCAAUCGCUGCUGGUCAGAUGAUGGGACUAAUGGAUAUCGGUGAAUGUGCUGACGCUUAUCUCUUCCGUGUAUCGCUUCCUGGUGUGAAAAGAGAUGAAAGACAUUUUAGCUGUGAAGUAGAAGACAAUGGAAAAGUACUAGUUAGAGGAGUCACUACAACAGGAGAGAAGCAAGUUCAUCGUUAUUCUCAGGUGUUUAUGAUGAACACGCAGAACCUUUACCCACCCGGUCACUUUUCUGUCUCAUUUCACCUCCCUGGUCCUGUCCUUCCGCAGGAGUUUAUCGGCAGCUUCGGAAUAGAUGGGAUAUUCGAAGGGACUGUAAUGAAGAAGCUGCAGAAACAAACUGUGUAAUUCUGAUACUUGUCGGUAUCAUCACAUUUUGGUUUUGGAUUUGGCUUAUGGCUUAGUUAUUAUAUAUUGGUUGCUUUUGUAAGUUCAAUUAAAAUCCAUAGAGCAGCAAACAUAAAGAGAUUUGCAAAGGGG